UUUCACCAUUCUAACGUUUUAGUUUCGGUAUUUUAAAAGGAAAUCGGUGCAACAGAAUCAGUAGCCUUAAUCAUAUCCAACAAAAGCACUACUGUAAGCAAAAUGUUAAUCCUCUCCAAUAAUGUAAAAAGGGUCGUUUGAAAAUAAUCAAGACGCCUACAGGGGCUCUGUCCUUCUCCUUAGGUUUUAUUGCAAGGUCUCAAGUAAGCUAAGAAAUCUACUUUGGACAAGCCAUCCAAUCUAUAUUUAGCCACCACUAGCAAGUGAAUGAAGGGCCUAACUUAUCUUCACUGCUGUCAUCAGGGCUGCCGGUAUUUUUAGGGGACAGCAGCAGCUGCAAAAGCAUUUAACGGUCUUCCACGAACAAUGACACUUGGGGUGUCUCGGAGCUGAACACCACAGAGGUUGUGUGAUUGCUGUAGAGUACGGAAAGAGACUGUUCAAUAUUGUCGAGGAAACUUGUUCUAAUUCAUGUACAGAGUAGGCAAACGAUUCCCAAAAUGGACAGGUGACAACUACAAGCAACUGUUGUCGAAUAGCUCUGAGUCUGCUUUUUAUCGAAACGUGAAGGGAUUUACCCAAAAAACAGGAAAAUACAGCAGGAAGUAAGCAUCCAGGGGAGCUGGCCUGCAAUUUUACUGGAACAAUCAGAGGCUGGAUUCACAAUGUAAUUCUACAAUCAAUCCUGAGGACUGAGGAGAGAAACCUAGCUGCUACAGAUACUCUGAGGCUGGCAAGGGAAGAGAAAUGGAUGUGUUCGGUGGAGCACCCCGGUUCCUGGCCUACCCUCGUCCUGUGGUGGUGCAGAGCGGCACUGAUGCUGUCCUUAAAUGCCAGAUUGGUGGGGAUCCCAGACCAGCAGUUAUAUGGGAGAGAAACAAUGAAAAAAUCAAUCCAGGAGGCAGAUAUCGCGUGUUUGAGGAUGGCAAUGUUUACAACCUCAUCAUCCCUGUGGUAACAGCAGAAGACAGUGGCCAGUACAUAUGCAAAGCUAAAAACUGCAUAGGGGAGACAUAUGCUGCAGCAACAUUAAAAGUUGAAGGCGAAGCUCAAGAGAUGGAGCUGAGAGAAGAGAACAAGCCCCGCUUUCUCAUCAAACCCCUGUCUACACGAGUGGGCAGAGGAGAUGAUGCUGUCUUCUCCUGUAAGCUGUGGGGGAAACCUAGGCCAGAGGUGGUGUGGGAGAAGGAUGGCAAGAAGCUAAAUGAGAUCUUUGAGAGUACACAUUUCAGUGUUGGUUAUCAGGACGGAGGAUGGUUUCAGUUAAAGAUUUUCAAAACCCGGGCACCUGAUGGUGGAGUGUACACAUGCAAAGCCAGAAAUGAGUUUGGUGAAAGUCUGGCUGGAGCUGUGCUGUUGGUGGAUGCUGGCCCUGGCCAUGAAGAUGAAGGAAACCGCAAUGGUUAUACUAAUGGCCACUGGAAGGCACAUCAGGGAAAGCAGAGAAGUAGUAGGCAUGUAGUAACAAGUCUAAAAGAAGGCCCUCUGCCUACUUCAGCCAAAGUAAAAAUGUUUGCUGUGACAGAAGGAAAACAUGCAAAAUUCCGUUGCUAUGUGACAGGAAAACCCAAACCAGAAAUCAUAUGGAGAAAAGAUGGAAGAAUAAUUUUGUCUGGAAGGCGGUAUCUUCUAUAUGAAGACAGAGAGGGAUACUUCACACUUAAAGUACUUUACUGCAAACAGCAGGAUAAUGGAGUAUAUGUUUGUGCUGCAUCCAACACUGCAGGACAAACCCUAAGUGCAGUACAUCUUUUUGUUAAAGAACCACCUGUAAGAUUCAAGCAACCACUCAAUGAUCUUGAAGUCUGGGAGCAGGACCUGGCCAUCCUUGAGUGUGAAGUACCAGAGGACUCUGUGCCCAUCACAUGGUAUUUAGAAGACAGGAGGCUACAGCCAGGGGCCAAAUAUGGGAUGGAGGAGUGGGGAACAAAGCGCCGACUCACAAUCCGUGACAUGGGAGUUGAUGAUGAUGGGAUCUACCUCUGUGAAAUGCCAGAUGGAGGAAGAAGCAUAGCUGAGGUAACUGUGAAAGGUACAAUCAUAAGAAAGCUGCCCAGAAAAGUAGAUGUUCUGGAAGGGGAAAAUGCUGCUUUCUGUGUGGAAGUAGAAGAGGAGGAAAUGGACAUUCACUGGUACAAAGAUGGGACAGAGCUGAGGGAGACACAUCAGACCAUCAUCAAAUCAUUUGGCAGAACUCACAUCUUGGUCUUUGUUAAUACUACACCUCAAGAUUCUGGCAUGGUCAUUUUCUACGUUGGUAGAUCAAAGACAUCAUCUCAGCUGAGGGUGAAAGCGGUUAGACAACAUCCACCUAGCUGCCCCGUGGGAGUUCAGAUAAACACAGAGCGUGCAAAUGCAGCGCUCCUGUCCUGGGUUCCAGCACAGGACUGUCGGAAGAAUCCACCUUCAGGCUACAUUCUAGAGAGACAGGAAAUAGGUUCUCAGGAGUGGCUCCAGUGCCUAACCACUGACUCUGCGACAUCAGUGGAAAUUCUUGGUGACAGUGUUCCAUGUGAGGCUGACUACAGAUUCCGCAUCUGUAGUAUCAACAAGUAUGGAAGAAGCGGAUAUGUGGAGUUCCCUCGAGCAGUUCAUCUGGUUCCAGUAGCAAAAAUACAAGCACCUCUACAGGAUGCACUGGUUCCCGAGGGCCAAGAUGCCUGUUUUUCCAUUGAGCUGUCUGCCUCAGUCAUAGGCACUUGGUUUUGGAACGGCAACCAAAUUCAAGAAGAUGAACGUUUUCUCAUUAGACGGUCUCGUACACACCAAUCACUUCGAAUUCGAGGGGUACAAAACACUGACAAUGGAGCUGAAAUCACCUUCAUUGCCUAUGGAAUUCGUGAUUCAGCAGCACUAUAUAUACAAGCUCCACUGGUUAAAUUCACUCCACUAUCCGAGAUGGACCGAAAUAAGUUUGUGGAAGUAGGCAAUCCAAUAGUCCUCUACUGUGAGCUUUCAGACCCCAAAGCACCAGUCCGCUGGUAUAAGAAUGGUGUUGAAUUGCACUCAGUUGAAGGUCUUCACAUCCAAUCAGAAGGAACAAUGAGGAGAAUUGUCAUCCAGUCAGCUGAGUUCUCCCAUUCAGGGGUUUACAGCUGUGAUGCCAUUGAUGAUGUCAUCAGGUUUAAUGUGGAAGUUGAAGCCCCACCCGUGAGGUUCAUAGCACUUCCAGAGGUGGACAGAAAAAAGUCUAUUGAAGCUGGCUGUCCAGUUGUACUACAAUGCGAGCUCUCAGAUCCGAGUGCCCAGGUCUUCUGGUACAAAGAUGAAGCAAAGCUCCUCCCACAGAGUGGACUAGACUUCCAGUCUAAUGGAACUAAGAGGGCACUGGUAGUUGAAAAGGCUGAUUUUUUCCAUUCUGGGGUAUAUAGCUGCAAGACAAAAGGUGCUGCUGUCCAGUUCAAUGUGGAAAUCAAAGCGCCACCAGUGAGAUUUUCAGCUGGUCUGGAAACUGAGAGGAGAAAGUGCAUUGAAGCAGGCUGCGCCGUUGUUCUGCAGUGCGAGAUAUCAGACUCCACUGGGCAAGUCCACUGGUUCAAGGAUGGGAAGCAAAUUCUUUCACAGUCCAGUGUAGACAUCCAAUCAGAAGGCUGCAUAAGGAGAUUAAUUAUUGAAUCAGCAGCCCUGUCUGACUCUGGUGUGUACAGGUGCACAACAAAAGAUGACAUCAUUGAGUUUCCAGUCGAGAUCAAAGCUGUGCCAGUGCGGUUCUCAACUGUUCCGGAAGUUGAGAAGAGUAAAUGCGUUGAAGCUGGCAGCUAUUUUGAACUCUGCUGUGAGGUAUCAGAUCCUAUCGCAGAUGUUCACUGGUAUAAGGAUGAAACAGAGAUUCUCAUAGACACUGGCUGGGACAUACAGGCAGAAGGCACAUUGAGGAUGCUGGUAGUCCAUUCAGCAGAACCCAGCCACUCUGGAAUUUACAGCUGCAACAUGCCUAAUGACUCUGUACAGUUCACUGUGGAUAUCAAAGCUCCACCGGUGAAGUUCUCAGCCUUCCCAGGGGUUGUGAAGAACCAGCUGUUUGAAGCAGACUACCCCACAGAGCUACACUGUGAGAUCUCAGACCCACCAGCUAAGGUGUGUUGCUAUGAAGAUGGAGUAGAGCUCCUCUCUAAAAGUCAACCUCAUUUGAAAAUGGAGGAUACCAGGGGAAAGCUUUCUGUACAGGCAGCACAGCCCUCUGAGUCUGGAUGGCACGAAUCUCUGAGAAAGGAUGAUGUCAUCCAGUUUAAUGUACAAGAUGAAGCUCCACCUUUGAAACUGCCGUAUGUCCCUGAUGGUGAAAAGAGCAAAUGCACUGGAGAAAGCAUCUCUAUUGCACAAGAAUGUAAAAUCCUGGAUUCCACUGAAUAUAAUUACCGAGUAAAAGAUGACGAAGAGAUCCUAUCGCAAGAUGGAAUUGAACCUGACCCUCAAAUUAAGUGGGAGGUGCCUAUAAGAACUUUGAACAUGGAAUCAUCUAAGACACCAGACAAUGGGACAAAUAGAUCUCCUAGGAUGUCAGAUGAUCACACCCAGUUUAAUGUGGACAAAGCCGAGCAGUCUCACUCUGAAGUGUACAAGGGUGAGACCUAUGAUGACACUGUCCAGUGCACUGUGGAUAUGAAAGUUACAAAGAUGAAUAUCUCACCACAUCAAGACAUGGUGGAUGAGAAGGCCUUUGAAGCAGCCUGUCUCAAAGACUUGGGUGAGGUCACUGAAAAGAAGGCCCAAAUCUUUGGGCAUGGAGAUGUUUCAAUAAUCCAGAAACAAGAUGGGAAAAGCAUGAUGUCUAAUCUGACCACAAAGGAACAGUUUGCCAAGUUAUCAAAGAUACCACACAAAGAGGUGCUGACAACUGAGGCAAAGACUCAAUCUGUGAUGUAUCAAGACAAAGUAAAAGCACCUUCACCUAAACCAGUAAAAUUUGCACCACUCCCUGAGACUGGCAGGACUAAGACCAUUGAAAGUGGUAUGCCUCUAGUACUACAGUGUGAAAUAUCAGACCCAGAUGCCCCAGUUUGUUGGUUAAAGGAUGGAAUACAACUCCAAACGAAAAAUGGAUUAGUGAUCCAGUCAGAGGACUGCAUACGAAGGCUAGUUGUUCCGACUGCAGAGCGCUGUCACACAGGGGUGUACAACUGUGAGGCAAUGGAUGAUGUCAUAAAAUUUAAGGUGUAUGUCAAAGCUGCAUGGCUGGAAGGUUCUGCGCUCACUGAGACCGAGAAGAAUGAAAUGACAUCCGAUGAAGCAGACAAUGCAAGUGUCCCACAAAAAGAGCCUAUACAUUCUACAGCUCAGGUCUGCUGGAACAGACAAGAGCGACAACAAAUUAAAGAGUGUCUUACUGUAGUCCAAUCAAAAGAGAUUGGAUCAGAAGGGAUCAAAUCAGCUGAGCUGUCUGACUCCGAAGAAUACAGUUUCAAAACAAAGGAUACCAACAUCCUGAGUACUGUGGAUCCACCAGCACCACCAGUGAUGUUCUGCACGGUCACUGAAGCUCAGAGGAACAAAUCUGCAAAAGUCGGAGAGCCGUUUGAAUUGGAGUGUGAGGUCUCAGAUGCUGCUGCAUAUGUACGCUGGUACAAAGAUGGAAAUGAGCUGUCAUCUGAAGCUGGAGUUUUGGUUCAGUCUGAAGGUACAAUAAGAAAACUCUCUGUGCAGUCAGCUGAAUUAUCUCACAGUGGAACAUACAACUGCAAGACAGAGGCUGAUGCAGUCACAUUCAUCGUGGAUAUCGAAGCUUCAUCUACGAGGUUCAAACCACUUUCAGAGAUGGAGAGGAACAGGUCCGUUGAAUUAGACUCUCCAACUGUUCCAAAAUAUGAGAUUUCAGACUCCGAAAGCCAGGUUUGCUGGUAUAAAGAUGGCACAGAACUCUUCUCAAACCGUGGACUUAAUAUCCAAACGGAGGGAAAUGUGAGGAAAUUAAUCGCAGAAUCAACUGAGCUUUCUGACACUGGACAUUUCAUCUGUGGCAGUCCUGAUGAUGCUGUGUCAUUCAAGAUGGACAGUCAAGCUACUCCCAUAAGGUUCUCAGCCCUUCCAGAGGUGGCAAGAAACAAGUUAAUUGAAGCUGGCUGCCCCAUUAUACUUCAGUGUGAAAUCUCUGAGUCAGCUGCCCAAGUUUCCUGGUUCAAAGACGGAGUGCCACUCCUUCAAGAGACUGGACUUGACAUCAAAUCAGAGGGCACCAUGAGGGCACUGAUCAUCCAAUCAGCCGAGCUCAAACACUCGGGCAUGUAUAGCUGUGAAGCUGGCGAUGAUCGUAUAGCAUUCAAGGUGGAUGUUGCAGCACCCCCUGUGACAUUUGUCUACAUCUCAGAGGAAGAGCUGCACAAAAAUGUAGUGGAACAAGACAGUCUCUUCCUUUGUUGUGAGGUGUCUAGAUCUGAUGCCACUACACAAUGGUACAAAGAUGGAGUUGAGAUACUGACCAGUAGCAAAGUCAUAAUAGAGGCAGAACAGACCACACGGAAACUGCUCAUCCAGUCUGUUAGAAUGUCAGAUGCUGGGACAUACACAUGUCGUGCAGGAGGCAGUGCCUUAAUAUUCAAGGUUAAUGUACGAGAGCCUCCCAUAAUGAUUGUCUAUCCCAAGGAAGAUGUUCAUCUUGAGCGACAUGUUCCAGAGGAAAUUGUUCUCAGCUGUGAGCUUUCACGUCCUAAUGGAAAAGUGACUUGGUUCAAGGAUGGACAGAAACUUCAAGAAAGUGAAAAUAUGAAGUUGAAAACAGAAGGUCCAUACAGGAGACUGAAGAUUCUUCACAGCAGAGUUGAAGACUCAGGAGAGUAUGUCUGUGACACUGCUGAUGACUCAAAAUUCUUCCAUUUAAGCAUAAAAGAACCCCCAGUACGCAUAGUUUCCCCAAGCCAAUCCCAAAUGGAACUUUGCCAGCAAAUGUCAGAAAGGAUGGUGCUGAGUUGCGAAAUUUCCAGAGCCAAUGCUACUGUGCGCUGGUAUCGAGAUGGGCUCGAGGUAGAAGAGAACAACAACCUAAUUCUUGAAGUCGAUGGCGUUUACAGAAGACUCAUUAUACCAGAGACAACAGUCAGUGAUUCUGCAGAAUAUGUGUGUGACACAGUUGAUGACUCUGUGACAUUCUUCGUUAACAUUGCAGAGCCCCCAGUGCGAUUUAUUCGGCCAAGGAAGACGGCCUAUGAAGUUGAAAGAUUUGUUGGAGAAACUGUAGUGCUUGACUGUGAGGUGUCUAGAUCAAAUGCAGAAGUCAGCUGGAAGAAGAAUGGAGAAGAGAUUGAGGAAAACAGUAAUGUAACUAUAACUGAGGAUGGCAGUACUCGACAGUUAACAAUUCAUUCAUCAAGGCUUGAAGACACAGGCCAAUACUUAUGUGAUGCCAAAGAUGAUGUAAUGGAUUUCAGUUUGAAAAUAAAUGAUCCACCACUCAAAUUUAUGCGAAAAAGUGAUACAAUAACAGACAAGUAUUUUGUAGUGUCAGAUGCCAUUGUGCUCAAGUGUGAACUUUCCAGAGCAAAUGGCAUAGUCAGCUGGUACAAGGACAAUAACAGAAUUGUGGUUAACGAUCACUUCACAUUUGAAGAAGAAGGGGCAUUCAGAUCUCUGAUCAUCUUAAAUGCAGAGAUUGAGGACACUGGUGAAUACAUAUGUAAUGCGAAGGAUGAUAAGAUUGUCUUUAAUGUCACAGUGCAAGAGGCACCAGUGUCUAUCCUAGGGAACACUAAGACGCCAGAACACUACUCACUCAUUGUUGGAAAUGAGCUGAUCCUUGAAUGUGAGGUGUCUCGAGACAAUGCCACUGUUCAGUGGUUCUGUAAUGGGAGAGAACUUCAGGCAGAUGCCCGAAUACAUAUUGAACAGAGAGGCACAAUUAGAAAACUUGUGCUCUCAAACCUUCAAAUGUCCGACUCAGGAGAAUACAUAUGUGAUGCCAUUGAUGACAGAAUGUACUUCAUGGUGACAGUUCAAGAGCCGCCAUUCAAGUUCAUCAAAAAAGAAGAGAUAAACAUUGCUGCCUAUGAAGGUGAAAGUGUGACACUGUGUGCUGUGGUUAACAGAGAUAACGGUUCUGUGCAAUGGAGCAAGGGAGGCAAAAAAAUCAGUGAUCAGCAUUUUUAUGCCACGAGUGAUGGACGAACUCACUACCUCACGAUCAAUCCCCUUAAAAAAUCAGAUGGUGGAGAAUAUGAGUGUAAUGUGGGCACAGACAAAGCUCAUUUCAGUGUCCAAGUCAAAGCUACGAAGGUAAAAUUUUCCAAGCCGCUGCAAAAUGUAGAAGGGAUCAAGGGUAGUGAUGCUGUUUUGAGAUGUGAACUCCACACAGCCAAAGGAGAUGUCCAGUGGCUAAAAAAUAACCAAGAAAUCACACCAAACCGACAUUUUACAAUACGCGCAGAUGGACAAGAAAGAAGCCUCACAAUACACAACUUAACAGAUGAUGAUGCAGGAGAAUAUACAUGUGAAUCAAAGGAUGAGAAAACAUGUGGAACGGUAGUAGUUAAAACCCCUCGUGUUGUGGAGUUUAUUGCUGAGCUGCACAACAUAACUGUAAUGGAAGGAGAAGAUGCGACAUUUAAGUGUGUAGUGUCCCCAGAAGAUGCAAAGAUGGUCUGGUGUAUGAAUGGCUGGCCCAUUACGUCAAAAGAGAGGUUUAAAAUCUCAAGUAAUGGACUGUGCCACAUGCUGUAUAUCAGAAACUGCCAAGUAUCAGACAGCUGCAAGGUAACAGCUGAAGCAGAAGGAGUGAUAUCCAAAGCUAUCCUACAGGUUCAAGAGAAACAGGUGCUGUUCACAAAGAAAAUGGAGUCAGUGGUGGCGGAGGAGUUUGGAGAGGCAACCCUCGAGGUAGAGCUGAGCCUGGAAUGUGGAGAAGUGCAGUGGAUGAGACAAGGCGUGGUCAUACACCCAGGGCCUAAGUUCACCCUGACGCAAAGUGGCCAAAAACGUAUGCUCACUAUCCACAAACUUGCCCUUUCUGAUCGUGGGACUUACAGCUGUGAAACUCUUCAUGACCGCACACAAGCCGGGCUCAGCGUGAAACCACGGAACAUUAAAAUACGGAAAGGACUGAGUGAGAUCCAAACGUUUGAGCGUGAGACAGCAUCCUUUGAGGUGGAGCUGACACACACCAAUGUGGAAGGCAUGUGGCUGAAGGAUGGAAACCGUCUCAAAGGCAACAACCACUGGCGCAUGACUACCAAAGGCCGUGUGCACAGCCUGACCAUAUCCAAUCUGUCACUUGAGGACACGGGAACCUAUACGUUCUCCACCGAAAAUGCAAGGUCAUCUGCCAGACUUGCUGUUAAAGAAACACCAGUGUCCAUUCUGAAAAAGCUGGAGGAUAGCACUUUCACAGAGGGUACAGGAGCCACCCUGGAGUGUGAGCUGUCCAAAUACAAUGUUUCUGUCAAGUGGAUAAAGAAUGGAGAAGAAAUUAAGCCAGGGAAGAAUCAUCGUAUCUACUCCAUGGGGAGGAAGUGCUUCCUGCAGAUCAUGAGAUGUGAGCUUGGAGAUUCAGGCAUAUAUGUGUGUGAUGCCGGAGAUGUCACCACUUCCUGCUCUGUAGAAGUUUACGAGAGAGAACUGGAAGUGUUACACAGUCUGGAAGACCUGGAUAUUCAAGAGGACCAGAAUGCUGUGUUUAUGUGUGAGGUGUCUCUGGAUGACGUACCUGCAGAGUGGUUUAAGAAUGGAGAGAAAAUCAAACCUACUAGCACCAUCAGGAUCCGUCAAGAAGGAACCAAGCACUUCCUUCUUAUGUGCAAUGUUAAGGGAGAGGAUUCAGGAGAAAUCAAGUUUGUUGCCAAGAAUGUCGAGUCUAUAGCUUACCUAGAGGUGGAGAGACUUCCUGUGAAUAUCGUGAAGCCUCUGCAAGACAAAAUGGCUCUGGAAUACACUCGGGUCUUACUGGACUGCACCGUGUCUAACCCGCGUUGCAGCAUUCGCUGGUAUAAAGGCCGUAAUGUGAUCCUGCCCUCAGGACGCUUUGAGAUCUGCAGUGAAGGCUGCUAUCGUAGACUUGUGAUACAGGAGGUCACACUGGACGACGCAGGCAUGUACAGCGUGCAAGUCGGAGAAAACACAUCCUCAGCAAGGCUCACUGUAGAAGCCCAGCCAAUCCUGAUGGUGCAGGAGCUGCAGGAUGUGGAGGUGUCAGCUCCAGAGGAAGCAUGUUUUGUGUGUGAGGUCUCUGUGCCGGUGCUGAAAUCACCUAUAUGGACUCUGAAUGGAGAGGUGCUGAAACCUGGACCCAGAGUUCUCCUGGAGAAAAUGGGGACAGUGCACAAGCUCACCCUGAAGCACACGUCAGAGGACAUGAAUGGUGUUGUGGUGUUUGAUUCAGGAAAGGCUAAAAGCACAGCAAACCUGCAUGUUAAAUAAUAAUCCCUGGCUGAAUUGGACCCAGCUUCAUUUUGCGAUUUCCGCAGUUGUAAGCAGGGAGUUUUAGGGGAUUAUAACUUUAAUACUAUCUUUUUUUUUUUUUUUCUGUUGAAAAUUCUAUGCUCUGGAUCUGUUAUAUAUUGUGAUUUAUUAUUUUUUUUUGUCUGCUGAACUGUUUUUCCUGAAUUGUAAAUGGCAGUAGACUAAAGUUGCAUUGAUGAGAGGAAUCCAUCGCUAAUUCAUGAUUAACCACUUGGACAAAAAAAAAAAAAAAAAAAAAAAAAAA